AUGAAGGAUGACGGUUCGCAAGCUGCCUCAGAAGUGGUCACUGAACCAGCUGUCAAUGGUGUCGCCAGCGGCAACUGGCCUGUACCAGACGCCAAUACAACGUCGCCAGCAGAUGGAGAGUCGGACAAUUCCCAGUCAAUGUUUGAAGUUCUUCGACCUGACGCAGUUGGACUUGACAAUGAUAACGAGCAAAGAGAAGACAAUGUUACUGGAGAUUUGAACGGAACAUUGAUGAGAACGCUUGUCUCCAAUGGGAACGAUGCGCUGAAGUUACUGUUUCAAGCUACUCUUGAAAAUAGGAACGGGGACUCGCCGGCCGAACUUUCCACUAUUAAUACAGCCCCGCAGACAGUGAUCGAUCUAUCCACCCCGAAAAAAGCACCAUCUGUAGCAGCAAAGGCUAACGAACUUCCCGUGCCAUCUUCUAAGACGCUCAGAAUGUGGAAUGCAUUGCGUUUUUCGAAAAUGGGAUGGUUUUCAUCUGAAGAAGCGGUUACUUACAUGGACCUAUUCUUCAAACAUUUGGCGCCACUGUCACUAGUCUCGAGAAACUUCAACCCGAGCCAUGACGCGCACUUUAACCUAAUUACUCAGGAGCCACUUCUUUGCUGCGUGAUACUCUUGAUUUCUUCAAGAUACCAUGUGCUUCCAGGAACAGGUGGAAUUGCAAGAAGCACUUUGAUCCACCAAAGACUGUGGGAGCAUUGCCAACACCUCAUCCUGAGGAUAAUAAUCGGCCAGGAAAAAAGAUGA